CGUAUGGGUAAAGCAAAAGAGUUUAUUUUGUAAUAAUGAGUUUACAGGCUUUUAGAUAAUUAAUUAAAAGAAAUUGAGAACUUCCACAUUAAUUUCCGAUCAUCUUCAUCUUCAUCUCCAUCGUAGAGCGCCUAGUGUUUGAAUUUAUAUAAAUUCAAUCAAAUACAAAAACUGGGUCGUUUUAGAAGAAGGGUCUCGUCUCUAAUUUUGGCGGGUUAAAUUGAAAAACAUAAAUGGCGAAUCUAUAUGUGAAGGCGGUACCACCGGCUGAUCUGAACCGGAACACCGAGUGGUUCAUGUACCCAGGUGUAUGGACUACUUAUAUCCUAUUCCUCCUUUUCUCUUGGCUCCUUGUUCUUUCCAUCUUUGGUUGUUCUCCUGGCAUGGCUUGGACCAUCGUUAAUCUCGCUCACUUCCUUGUUACUUACCACUUCUUUCACUGGAAGAAAGGAACCCCGUUUGCUGACGAUCAAGGAAUUUACAAUGGCUUGACUUGGUGGGAGCAGAUAGACAAUGGAAAGCAGCUAACACGCAACAGAAAGUUUUUAACCGUUGUACCUGUUGUGCUAUACCUGAUAGCUUCGCAUACAACAGACUACCAACAUCCUAUGCUCUUUCUGAACACACUUGCAGUGAUCAUCCUCGUUGUUGCCAAGUUCCCAAACAUGCACAAGGUCCGGAUCUUCGGAAUCAAUGCAGACAAGUGAGUUUUCCUCCCCGUUCAGAACAGUUGAUUUCACCAGCUAGAAAAGCCAUACAUACAGCUCCUUCACCUCUGUUGAAAAUGGGUAUAUCUCUUUGUAUAGAACAUUUUGAAGGCUUAAUGUUCUUCUUUCGUUUUCAUGGUGAAUUUUCUAACUGCACACUUAGAAGCUCCCCUUUGAUCAUGAUGAAGGAAUAAUGAGGGUAUCAAGUUAAAAUCUUUGUAUAGUAGAGAAACAUAAUAUAUGUUCAAUAUCAUUAAGCUCUUGUCUUCUUAUAUUUGUGUGUAUAUGUAUUUAUGCAGCUAUCAUGUUCUUAUAUAUAUGUCUGUGUGUGUAUAUAUAUAUAUUUUUAUGCAGCUAUCAUGUUCUUAUUUUCAGACCAGUGGCAGCCAUGGGAAAUAUCUUAGAUAAGACUAUACCUAGGCCUUUUUUGUUUGGUUACUCUUUUUUCUCUGAUAAUUAAGACAUUGUAUAAUCUGGUACAACUAUAAGGAUUUAUCAUAUGUUAUUGUAAAUCACUACCUUAAUUUUAAAGACUAUGCAAUUCAUUCCUUGGAACUUGUGUAAUCUCACAUUAUAUGAAAAACCAAUCUUGAUGGAAAAA